AAAAGGGAGGGUAUAGUUUCUUUUUUUUAUCUUCUUCUUUUGACUGAAAUCUAAUACCAGCAGCACAAAUGUAAUUAAGGUCGUGGGUUUUUUCAUUUCUGCCAUUCUGGAUCCCACUUUACUUUACACACUGGAUCCUUGGCUAUAUAUACAGGUCUUCCACUCUCAAGCUCUCGUGGACUUUGUAAACGAAACCAAAUCUUCUCUUUCUUUUUCUUCUGGGAGUGAAGCUGAAACUUCUUGUUGGUGCGGAGGAGGGGUGAGAGAUCUGCGUGAUGGGAGGAGGCAAUGGCCAGAAAUCAAGGAUGGCUCGUGAGAAACACGUGGAGAAGUACAAGGCCGCUAAGGGUAGUCAGCUGGAAUCAAAUAAGAAAGCCAUGACGAUCCAGUGCAAGGUUUGCAUGCAGACAUUCAUAUGCACCACAUCAGAGGUGAAGUGCAGAGAACAUGCUGAAUCAAAGCACCCAAAAUCUGACAUCUAUACUUGUUUCCCUCACCUUAAGAAAUGAAUGAAAUUAUCCAUUAAGGAAAAAAUAAAAAUAAUAGAAGUAGCAGCUGGUUGGACUUGAGGUUCCAUUUCUUGUAUUUUAUGUCAUUAGUUCCCGCAAUCGUAUUGGAUCAUAUCAAUACAGUUUGAAACUUUCAAGCCAUUAUUCAUGACUAUGUACAAAAUUGCAUAUUGCAACCAACCUAUUAAAUAAGACAUAUUUUGGGAA